AUGGACCUUGAGGACAAGGUUCCAGUAAAAGAAGGGGGUAUUGAUAAACCAAGACAAUCACAACGUGUUCCCAUCAAGAAUACAAGUGGGUUUCAGUUCUUUAAGGGUGGGAUUUACACGGGCGAGUGUGGAACCAAACUAACUCAUGCUGUUACCGUAGUUGGAUAUGGUACAAGCGAAGAUGGGACUAAGUAUUGGAUAUUCAAGAAUUCUUGGGGCCCAAAUUUCGGAGAAAAUGGGUAUAUACGGUUACAGAGGGAUAUUGCAGCCAUAGAAGGUAUAUGUGGCAUUGCUAUGCAUGCAACAUAUCCCAUUGCUUGA